AUGGCUGGCAGGCGCAUCGUCGAUGCCGCAAAGCUGUUCAAUGCCUCCAAGUCCAUCGCCCAGAAGCAUAUUGCGCUCCGCUCGAAUCAAUGGGACGCAUACACCAAGACGUCAACGUUGGCCAAAGCCGUCAAGAACCAGACCGAUCGUGUCACCCUCACAGCAGCGGCUGCCAUUGCGCUCUCACAGCGAUUCAGCGAAGAAGCCCCUGCGUAUGCAAAGGCUGCGGCGGAACGAGCGACUGGCGCACAACGCGACUCCAUACCCCGACGGGAAACUGUAGCGGCUGAUAGGCCGACAACGGGUGUCAAAGAAGGACUGGAACAGGAUCACCACUAUGAUCGGUCUGGCGAGACUACGGCUGCUGACCCUCCAUCGGAAGAAGAGCUGGACAUCAAGCAGAAGGAUGCCCCGAGACGGCCAUUGCCGGAUGGGACGAUACCAACAGCAGGUCUGACGUUGGAGCAGGAAGAGAGAGGACAGGAUACUUUUUCGGAGCGGCCAGUACCUGAGGCGCCAAAGGAACCUUUGGAGGAAGAUCAUGGUGGAGCGACAGGCACAAGCAGCGAAGGCUUAAGGCCAAAGGAGUCCACCGAGUCGACCAUCCCUCUUCCCGACCGGCCAGCUGGUUCGUCGUCACAAGCAGCAGAAACAAUACCUGCACAUGCGACCGAUGUCCAACACCCAUCCAUCCCCACACAGUUAAGGAAGCUUCAGGAGGGUCAUGAUCGCGAUGUAUUUUACUCGAGAUCGGUCGAGUCGCAGCCGCCUGUGUCCCCCAAGCCGCCUGUCCAGAUACCAGCAAACACUGGUACUCAACAAGGAAGUGAUGAGCAUGUUCAAGAUGGUCAGCUCAACCAGGAUGUGUUUUAUUCUCCUUCAAAAGCAGAGCAGCAGCAGGCGAAAGAGAUGAAGGACGAAGUUCCAGAGGGAAUUAACACGGAUGUCUUUCAUUCGAGAAAGGUAGCGAGAAUGCUUGGAACUGACCCCUUUUCGAGAAAGGAGUAUGCUGAACGGAAAGGAUCUGGGAGACACCCCCUCGAUGACAGGCCACUACCGAAAACUACUGGCAGACAUCCGUUAGAUGAUCGACCGUUACCUGAAGUCAAUUCAUCAAUCAAAUCUAGGACUUUGUCUCAGGCUCAGCUUUCUUCUAAUACCAAAGACAUGGAAGACUUUGCCUCGAAACUCGCUCAAGAUGUCCAACUGAACGCCGCAGCUAGCUCUGAAACACCCGCCGAGAUAAGCAGCCAGCCAGAAUCAACGCCAUACGCGUUGCGAGAGUCGAGGGUGCCAUCAUCGCGGUUUGGUCGGCUAUGGCAAUACGCCGGUCUGGGUACCAGUAUGGCUCUUGGGGCAGUUGGCGAAGGCCUAAGACGUGCCACAGGCAGUGCUGCAUCAAGCGGAGGCUCUCUUAUGCUGAGCCCUGGUAACCUGGAGAUCUUGGUAGCUAAGCUAUCGCGUAUGCGAGGUGCGGCUUUGAAGCUUGGGCAAAUGAUCAGUUUUCAAGACAUCAAGAUGCUACCGCCUGCGAUCCAUGACGUCCUCCAAAGGGUACAGGACAGCGCAGACUACAUGCCCGCAUCACAGCGGAACAAGGUGUUGGCUCAAAACCUCGGUGAAGAUUGGCGGGAUCUUUUCGAAUCGUUUGGCGAUGUACCGAUUGCAGCAGCUUCCAUUGGUCAAGUACAUAAAGCAGUGCUAAAAUCUACGGGCCAGGCCGUCGCUGUCAAGAUCCAAUAUCCUGGGGUGGCCAAUUCGAUCGACUCGGAUCUAAGCAACCUCUCCAUCUUACUGACUGCAUCUCGCCUGCUACCCAAAGGCUUGUAUUUGGACAAGACGAUUGCCAAUGCGCGGACAGAACUCGGAUGGGAAUGCGACUACGUGCGCGAAGCCGAAUCGCAAACGCGAUUUCGCAACCUCCUCCAAGAUGACACAGCUGUCUUCACUGUCCCCAAGGUCUUCCCUGAGGCUUGUGGGCCCACGGUGCUCACUGCAGAAUUCAUGCAAGGCACUGGCGUGACUAAGAUCAAGAGCCUGAGCCAAGACCAACGCGACUGGAUUGGUACGCAAGUCCUACGCCUCUGCCUCCGUGAAAUUGUCGAGUUCAAGUUCAUGCAAACGGACCCCAACUGGACCAACUUUCUCUACAACGCCUCGGCGCAGAAGAUUGAGCUUCUCGAUUUUGGCGCGAGCAGAGAGUACGCCGAGGAAUUUGUCGAGCCGUAUAUCAAGGUGCUCAUGGCCGCAUCCAGAGGCGAUAAAGCCGGGAUUCGCGACCAGUCCCUCGAGCUCGGCUAUCUGACUGGCAGCGAGAGUGCAGCGAUGCUCGAGGCACACAUCCAAUCCGUACUCACGCUCGCAGAGCCGUUUAGCGGAUCAAGCCCCGAGGUGUACGAUUUCAGGGAUCAGACGAUUACGGACAGGGUGCGAGGAUUGAUUCCCGUCAUGGUCAAGGAACGGCUGGCGCCGCCACCCGAGGAGACGUAUAGUUUGCACAGGAAGCUGAGUGGCGCUUUCUUGCUGUGUGCCAAGUUGGGGAGUCGAGUGCCGUGUCGGGACUUGUUUAGCAAGGCGGUUGGCAGGUGGGAGGCGAACAAGGGUAGAAAGUAG